UUAUUUUAUUUAAUUCGAUAUAAACCUGAAACAUUAGCUCAUGUACUGAAUGCCAUAUCAAAACAAUUUCAACCAUCUUCAAUCGAUCUUCAUCAUCCUUAUAUUGCUGUUUAUGUACGUCGAUCAGAUAAAGUUAAAAAUAAAGAAAUGUCUCGAGCAUAUACACUUAAACAAUAUUUUGAUUUAUUUGAUGGUCAUGCUCGACAAGCGAAUAUAUCAACGAUUUAUAUUAAUUCUGAAGAUGAAAAAGUAUUCAAUGAAUUUAUUGAAAUAAAUAAAGAAAAACAAGGUUAUUAUAAAUUAUUAUAUCUAACAUUACCAAGAAAUGUUGUUUUUGAGUCAUUAACUCGUAUGACAAGACAACAACGUGGGAAAAUUGUAUUAGAAUUUCUUACUGAUUUAUUUAUUGAAGCUAAUGCAGAUUUACAUGUCGGUACAUUAACAUCAAAUUGGUGUCGAUUAGUUGACGAAAUGCGACUUACAUUAGGAAAAUUAAUACCUUUCUAUACACCUGAAAAAAUAUACAGAGUAUAA